AUUAACAAAGAACAUGGAUACUGGUAACUCCAAACAUUGAGCAUUAUUAUUAGUAUUAACAAGACAAUGAACACUAAUAAUGAUGGUGAAGCGUCUGGCAGUAUUGAAAAGAAAGAAAAAAGUCAUGAAAGAAAAUUAGAAAAAUGCAUGUCUGAUACUGACUAUGAAGGCAGGGAGGAGAGUACUGACCAUUUCUGUAAAACUGUUCAGAACAAUGGCGGAAGUAAAGCCCAGGAAGACAGUCCCCUAAGGAGUUCAGCUGUGAAUAUUCAUCUUGAUGAAUCAAUACCCAUUGCCCAGCCUGGCACAGAUGUGAAAAUAUUGUCAUCUCAACCAUCAGAUCUCAUUGAUCUGGACACCGAUUUACCCAACUACAACCUAUCUCCAUUUUAUAAAAUUUGCAAAAGUUUCCCACAUGAUAGCCUAGAAAAUGUUGAAAGGGAAUAUAAAACAGUCACAGUAACAAGGGACGCAAGAUAUAGCCAUGAGCAUGAGGAAGAAGUAUUGAAGACCUCAGGAGUUGAAAGUAUCAGUCAGGAUUUGUGUAUAACACAACAGGAGACCUCGGAAGUUGAAAGUAUUAGUCAGGAUUUGUGUAAAACAGAACAGGAGACCUCGGAAGUUGAAAGUAUUAGUCAGGAUUUGUGUAAAACAGGACAGAAGACCCUGGAAGUUGAAAGUAUUAGUCAGGAUUUGUGUAAAACAGAACAGGAGACCUCGGAAGUUGAAAGUAUUAGUCAGGAUUUGUGUAAAACAGAACAGGAGACCUCGGAAGUUGAAAGUAUUAGUCAGGAUUUGUGUAAAACAGAACAGGAGACCUCGGAAGUUGAAAGUAUUAGUCAGGAUUUGUGUAAAACAGAACAGGAGACCUCGGAAGUUGAAAGUAUUAGUCAGGAUUUGUGUAAAACAGAACAGGAGACCUCGGAAGUUGAAAGUAUUAGUCAGGAUUUGUGUAAAACUGAACUGGAGACCUCAGGAGUUGACAAUAGAAACAAGGAUUAUUUGGUUGGCAAAGAACUGCAGAUAACUUCAGGAGAUAUAAGCUGCAAAAAUGCUAGUUGUAGUGAGGAGGAGGGAAGGGAUGUUACAGAUAUCACUGAAGCAGUGUCUCAAAUCAAAACCAGUAACAAACUGUUGUCUGACAAUAAAUCCAAUCAACAACUUGUUGUAACACAUGCAGAAAAGUCAUUGAAAAGGAAUAGAAACCACUACAACCAACAACUGAAGACUGAAAUGAAUUACAUAAUGUUGUCGGAACAUUCUACAAUGAAUUAUUAUAUACUGAAGAGAACAAUAGUAAUAGAGGAAGUAAUUUACAGCAAUGAAUAUUAUUCAACAAACUAUUGCAGGUAUGAAUGGCAUGAGGUCUUAAUGAAUGCCAGCUGUAGGCAGAAUUUCAGGCCUGAUCACUUCAGCCUGGAAUCCCAGGUUAAGGAAUUCUUCAGCUACAAUAGUUGGUAUUAUGAUCACUUAACAGGAGAAAUAAAGUAUGCGGUUCAUGAAUUUUUUGUAAGAGAUUCCACUUAUGCAUUUCAGUAUUCCUUCACAAAUAAGAUGCAUGAAAACAAAUAUCAGAAGGAAACAUACAAGUUUUUAUUUGAACAAUUUUAUUACCAGUUCGAUAUAAUUGCUAACCCAGUCAUCAGGGUUGAACCAGAAUAUUUAAUUCCUCCAGUUGAUAUAAAUGAUGUACAUUCACGAGGACUAGUAACCAUCUAUUAUGAAUCAGAGGAAGAGGAUCAUGAUCAUAAUGAGUUAACAUCGCAUGCUCAAGCUGCACAUGUUCAAGGUGCACAUGCUCAAGCUGCAUAUACUCAAGCUGCAUAUGCUCAAUCUUCACAUGCUCAAAAUGCACAUGUUCAAGGUGCACAUGCUCAAGAUGCACAUGCAGAUAUUUUGAAUAUGACACCCAGAAGGGUGCAUCCUAUAACAGAAGAUAAUAUGACUGCUGAAACUACCCUUAGUCCUGCAAUUACUUUGAGCCCUACUGACAGAGGUAUACAGUGUAAUGGUUCAAGAGAAACUUAUGCCUUGAAUACUGGAAUAGUGCAGAGUACUGAAAACACAAUGAACAUUAUUGCCAAAGGUGUAAUGGUACAAAGAACUGCAAGUACUACCAGUAUGAAUACUUCUACUACAGGUUCACAGUAUAGCAGUACUAGAGGAACCUAUAGAAUGGCUGCUGAAACAUCACAACUAACUGUAAAUGCUACCAGUAUGAAUACUUCUGCUACAGGUUCACAGUAUAGCAGUACUAGAGGAACCUAUAGAAUGGCUGCUGAAACAUCACAAGUAACUGCAAAUGCUACCAGUAUAAAUACUUCUGCUACAGGUUCACAGUAUAGCAGUACUAGAGGAACCUAUAGAAUGGCUGCUGAAACAUCACAAGUAACUGCAAGUACUACCAGUAUGAAUACUUCUACUACAGGUUCACAGUAUAGCAGUACUAGAGGAACCUAUAGAAUAGCUGCUGAAACAUCACAAGUAACUGCAAAUGCUACCAGUAUGAAUACUUCUGCUACAGGUUCACAGUAUAGCAGUACUAGAGGAACCUAUAGAAUGGCUGCUGAAACAUCACAAGUAACUGCAAAUGCUACCAGUAUGAAUAUUUCUGCUACAGGUUCACAGUAUAGCAGUACUAGAAGAACCUAUAGAAUGGCUGCUGAAACAUCACAAGUAACUGCAAAUGCUACCAGUAUGAAUACUUCUACUACAGUUCACAGCAGUUCUAGAGGAACUUAUAGAAUGGUAGAUGAAACAGUACAAAGAACUGCAAAUAUGAUGAAUGUUUCUGCCAGAACAGAACAGAGAGUUCAAGAAGCAUAUAGCAUGACUGCUGCAUCAGGACAUGGAACUAACCUGAGAACUUCUGGUUUAAGCACUCAUAUUAUUUCCAGUAACUCAUCAGCAGAUGCAAGAUCUGAUAACAACACUUUGGCUACUAUGCCACACAUCCAAGAAACAAGAAACUCUAGACAAGGAAGAGGCAAUCAAGCAUCAAGGGUUAUUGAGUCAGAUCCUGUCAGAAUUGAAGACCAACCAUUGGGAGCUAAUCAUCUGGCAGACCUUAUUCAAGAACAUAUACAUCAAAAUGGAUCUCAACUUCAAAGGACACCAUUGGCUGGACAAGAUAGACCUGAUAUGUGUUCCCCAGACACAGUAACAACUGUUCUUACAUCAGCUGUUCUGCAGAAUCGAUUCAUUCUUGACUAUUUCAGAACAAUGGGUGCCACAGGAGCACAGGUACAUGUGUUGGAAAUAGUCAGAAAUUAUCUUCAGCACAAUUAUGGUAGUGUAACUGCUGAUAUCAGACAAAUGGUUUUGGAAAAGCAUGGAGAUGUUGGAGACAUUCAUAGCGAGGCACAUGUUAUAUCAGCCAUAAUUGGAGAUACAAAGACUGAGAUAAUGACGACUUGUUCCAACCAAGAAUGCCCAGUGAUCAACUCAAGAAUGAUUGAAUCUUCACUGAUUAUAAAGUACCAAGGAACCUUGACUUCAACAUCUGUAGGACAUUAUCUGAACCAACAUCUGAUGGGGAAAGAAGAACCUUGCAGUAAUUGUCAGAGGAUACCACCAGGUAUUAAACGAACUGUAAGAAGUAUUGAAUCCACUUUUAUAUACAUAAAUGCCUCCCAAGGCAGAGUUCCAAAGGCAAAUGUGAAGGACAUGCUUAGUCAGUUCUGUGUUGGUGAGUCACAUUACCAGAUUCAUGCAUUGAGCUUUUGGCAUGACCAGCAUUUCACAGUGAGAAUUAAUAUUCAUAACAUGUGGUGGACAUAUGACAACAAGAGAGGAAUAUUUAAUCAGGGGGUGGAAGUUGAUGAUUGCAUGCCUGGAAUUUUGUCGGGAAUUUAUAUCAAGAAGAUUGCAUAGGUUUCAGUGCAGUCUGCUCCUUGUAUACAGUAUAUUACAAAUUAUUUUUUAAAGCAUGCAAAUCAUUACUUACAAUUUAUAGUUUAGCACUGUGAAAGUAGACAUUUUUGGUAAACAUACAAUUAACAUUGGCACCUUUUUUUUUUAAAAGACUAUGAAAAAAUAACAAAGAUUUUAUAAGAUUUUCAAUUAUGGCCUUUUAAGCUGCAUGUAAUAAAAUUAUGAAAAGAAAAGUAGGGGUUAGCGGGGGAAAUUUUUUUAAUAGCACUAAAUGGAUAAAACCAGAGGAUUCCGAAUAUCUGGCAAAAAUUAAAAAACAAAAGAGGAGCGAACAUCCUUAAAUAAGGUUGUAACUCACCUGACAAAGUUUAUAUUUUAGUUUUUAUGCAUCAAACUUGAUUUGAUAGAUAUUUGGUUUUAUACCCUGCUUUUAGUCCUGAGUUAAUAUAGGGUAGCUCUGAAUAAAUCAUAGGGGUACUUAAAUUUUUAUCAUCUUUAAAAUAGUUGCAUUUCCAAAAGAUAGGUCUUUUUGUCCUUUACAUAUUUGGCUAUAACGAUACCAUAUAGCUGGUAAUGCACAACUAAAUUUUGCUAUUUUGGUGGUAAGCAUUUUAUUGCAAAAUUUAACCUAUUCAAACGUUUUGCUGUCCAUUAAAAAGCAUUGUACAAAGACUUAACCAUGGGAAAGAUUUAAGUACACCUUCCUAGGCCCAACUUGCAAACAAAACUUGAUGAGAAAAACUGCAUAGAGUUAUGGCCCUUUGAUUUAGAUUUGUUAAUACUCAUUGACACCAACCUUUUGUAGAUUUCAUGAUUAGCUAAAGAGAUACCACAUAUUUGAAUACUAUAUAUAUACACAAAAAAAUAAUCAUUUUAAUCACUACUAAAGUGCUAAUAUUGAAGCUGCAAAAUUUUGUAUCCUCAAAAUUUGACAAUCACGGAAAAUUAAGAAAUCCAUAAUACUAGGAAUUCCUUGCUUAUUUAAUGUUUAUGAGCAUAUGCUACUGAAAACCAAUGGUUUGAAUCAUGGGGAGUUUAGUUAUCAUAUUGACAAGGUAUAGGACCAGACCAUAAGGACCAUUUAAGGACUUUUUUAACAGAGCAUUUUGACUAAAAGUUUGACCUUUGCAGACACCUGUCUUUUUGUUAAAAACCUGUCUCAUGGUGUUUUUUUUUUAUAUUUAAGAAAUCUUAGCAAAUGCUAAAUAUCAGAAAUUUUCAUUACAUCAAGCAGAUUUUGUAGUUUGAUUUUAUUUUGAAAUCACCAAAAUAAUUUAGCCUCAUCUCACAGCCAAUAAUUGUUAUAAAUUGGCAAGAAAAGUAGGGUUUUUUUCAGCACACCUGGUUUGUAUGGCCAGUAUGAGCUUUUCUCAUCAGUUCAAAUAGCCUGAAAAAAUUCAUGUAAUAAGAUUAGUUCAUUUUGAGUUCUUUAAAUGUUGAAGUGAUCUCUCUAGAGGUAUUAUGGUUCUAUUUUUUUUUACUUCUGUGAUAUAAGAAUGAAUUUUAUAAUAUAAUGAAUUGAAUAAUUAUGUGGGUAUAUAGUUUUU